AUGUUAGCAAAAAGUUCCUGGACAAAUCCAUCCGAACAAUUAAAACGUAUUGAACGAAUAUCUCGACGAACACGUCAUCAUCAAAUAAAUUUAAAUAAAAUAUAUGAUGAAAAAUUACAUCAAAAUUUAAAUAAUUUAUUUAAUGAAUAUGAACAAACUUGUAAACGUUUAAAAACUGAUGAAAAACUUGAACGACAACGAAAAAAACUACUUGAUAUUACUAUUAAUCAUAUUACAAAUGAACGACAACGUAAUUCAAUAUCAGCAAAUACAAAACAAAUUGAACAAAAACAAUUUCAAACAUUUUUGAAAGAUAAUGAAAGUUUACAACAUCGUCCAACAUCACCAAUGAAAUUACCUUCUACUGAAGUCCCAUGUCGUUUUUUUCCUCAAAAAUGUCAAUUGUAUCCAUGUCAACCAGUCUAUCAAUAUACAAGUUUCAUGAAAAAAGAACAUGAUCAAACAUUACAACAACGAAAUUCAUCUAAUGAAAAUUCGGAUGUUGAUUCAUUUUCAUCGAGUUUUCAAGACUUAUUUACAAAUAUACAAAAUAAAAAAUAUCAACCAAAUCGUCGACAAUUAGCAUUAACAAUAGAUAAUCAAUAUCGUCUUGCUAAUCGACAUAAUUCUAUAAAACGUACAAAAACAUCUCUCGAUGAACAAAGUCGUUUAUUAUAUGAACGAUUAACUGAAAAGAAAAAUUUUACUUUUACUAAUAAUUCUCAACAUAAUUUAAAACAAGCUAUUCAACGUCAUUUAAGAAUUUCUGCGAAAUUUUGCGCAUAA